UCAGUCUCCAUAUUUUCAUGUAGAUCUACCAUCGUUUAGUCUUCUUGCUUGUAGUAUCUUGGAUGCGUACAUACUGGCCAAGAACGAUCUAAAUUCCGUUGAACAUUGAAGUGGCUGCUCGGCAGCUAGUGUAAUUAAGAUAUCGUAUAAGCCGGUAGGAUAUCGCAAUUGCGCCAGGAUCUAGAAACUCGACUACAAAAUCGAAGAGAGUUUUGGACACCACGUUCGAAUCCCAAGCACUGGAUGGGAAGGCUGCUGCCCAAUUUAUUGUUUGGUUUGGAGAUAGUCUGCGAAUUAUCUCACAACGUUCACGGGUUGACUUGCUUCCUUUUCCGGAUUGGCGGAAAGACAAGUUCCGACUCCUCUGGCGGUUUGAAGAAUAGCUGCACGUUCCUAAUGAAGAUGACGAGCUUUUUCAGCUCAUCUGUCCUAGUCAUGUCCGACCUAACAUGCUAUGAAGGUCAAAGCUUGAGGCCUCCAAGGACUCGUACGUUUUGUGACCAAGUCGCAACCUUACGUACUUAAAGGCUUCAAUAAUAGUAUUUGCUUAGCUGCUGAGCUCCCGUAAGUGGGUCGUAAUUACGGCGGGAUCGCAUGAUGCGGAGUUUACGGCGUCCAU